UGCCGCAGCGAGGGCGGGGGUCACCAUGAGCCUCAUGCUGGAGACGCUGCUGGGCCCCCCGGGGGGGCUCCGCAAGGAGCCGAGCCGCGCUCCCCCGCGCUCCGCCGCCUCCAGCGGCUUCUACUCGUGGCCGGCCCCGGUGGUGGGACGGGCGCGGGGCGCAGGGGGCGGCGGCGGCAGCGCGGCCGCGUCCUCCACCGAGAGCCUAGACUCGCUGAACGGCGAACCGCGGGCGCGCAACGAGAAAGAGCUGCUGCAGGUGCUGAACGACCGCUUCGCCGGCUACAUCGAGCGGGUGCGGGCGCUGGAGCAGCAGAACCGGGCGCUGGCGGCCGAGGCGGCGGCGCUGCGGCAGCAGCAGGCGGGGCGCUCGGCCAUGGGCGAGCUGUACGCGCGGGAGCUGCGGGACAUGCGGGGCACCGUGCUGCGCCUGGGCGCCGAGAAGGGGCAGCUGCGGCUGGAGCGGGCGCGCCUGGCCGAGGACGUGGCGGCGCUGCGGGGAAGGCUGGAGGACGAGGCCCGGCAGCGCUCGGAGCUGGAGGCGGCGGCCCGCGGGCUGGCGCAGCGCUCGGCGCAGGAGGAGCGGGCGCGGGCGCCGCUGGAGGAGCGAGCCCGGGCGCUGCGGGAGGAGGCGGAGCUGCUGCGGAGGCAGCACCGCGCCGAGGUGGGAGCGCUGCUGCGCGGGGCGCGCCUCGAGCUGCCCGCCGAGCCCCCCGCAUCCCUGCGCCCCGGCGUCACCGCCGCGCUCCGCGACCUGCGCGCACAGCUGGAGGGCACGGCGACCCGCAGCACCCUGCAGGCCGAGGAGUGGUUCCGCGUGAGGCUGGACAAGCUCUCGGAGGUGGCCAAGGUGAACACGGACGCCAUGCGCUUGGCCCAGGAGGAGAUCUCCGAGUACCGCCGGCAGCUCCAGGCCAAGACCACCGAGCUGGAAGCCCUCAAAGGGACCCAGGAGUCGCUGGAGAGGCAGAGGCAGGACUCGGAGGAGCGCCAUCAUGCAGAUGUCCUGUCCUACCAGGAAACCAUCCAGCAGCUUGACAGCGAGCUGAGGAACACCAAGUGGGAGAUGGCAGCUCAGCUCCGGGAGUACCAGGAUCUGCUCAAUGUCAAAAUGGCCCUGGACAUCGAAAUUGCUGCCUAUAGAAAGCUCCUGGAAGGGGAGGAAUAUCGACUCGAGACUGGCAUUGGGAUGCUCUCCUACCCCGAGGUGCUCCCCAAGGCUCCCAGCAUCCCCACCAGCAUCAAGGUGAAGAGCGAGGAGAAGAUCAAGGUGGUGGAAAAGUCAGAGAAGGAGACGGUGAUUGUGGAGGAGCAGACAGAGGAAAUCCAGGUGACCGAGGAGGUCACAGAGGAGGAGGAGGCUGAGAAAGAGGGUGAAGAGGAAAAAGCUGAAGAGAAGGGGGAGGAGGAGGAAGAAGAAGAGGAGAAAGCUGAAGAAGAGGGUGAAGAAAAGGCCAAGUCUCCUGCAAAGGAGGAGGCCAAGUCCCCAGAGAAACCCGAGUCCCCCUCAAAGGAGGAGGCCAAGUCUCCAGAGAAACCCGAGUCCCCCUCAAAGGAGGAGGCCAAGUCCCCAGAGAAACCCGAGUCCCCCUCAAAGGAGGAGGCCAAGUCCCCAGCAGUCAAGUCGCCUGAAAAGCCCCCAAGCCCCUCAAAGGAGGGGGCCAAGACCCCGGUCGUGAAAUCUCCAGAAAAACCUGCAACCCCCUCAAAGGAGGAGGCCAAGAGCCCGGCUGUGAAGUCCCCAGAGAAACCCCCAACCCCCUCAAAGGAGGAAGCCAAGGCUCCAGCUGUCAAAUCCCCUGAAAAGCCAGCAACGCCCUCAAAAGAGGAGGCCAAGACCCCAACAGUGAAGUCCCCAGAGAAACCUGCACCUCCCUCAAAGGAUGAGGCCAAGACCCCGACAGUGAAAUCCCCAGAGAAACCCGCACCCCCCUCAAAAGAGGGGGCCAAGACCCCGACUGUCAAGUCCCCGGAGAAACCUGCAGCCCCCUCUAAAGAAGAGGCCAAGAGCCCAGCUGCAAAGUCCCCAGAGCCACCUGCAACUCCUGCAAAAGAGGAGGCCAAACCCCCAUCUGUCAAAUCCCCAGAGAAGCCCCCGACUCCCUCUAAGGAGGAGGCCAAGGCCCCGGCUGUGAAGCCCCCAGAGAAGCCCCCGACUCCCUCUAAGGAGGAGGCCAAGGCCCCGGCCGUGAAGUCCCCAGAGAAAGUCAAAUCUCCCGUGAAGGACGAGGCCAAGUCUCCACAGAAGGAAGUGGCCCCGGCCAAGGAGCCAAGCCCUACUCCAAAGGAGCCAAAAGCCCCCGCCAAGGAGGAGCAGCCCAAGGAGGUGAAGGCUCCCUCCAAGCCCGAGGAGGGUAAGAAGGAGGAAGCUCCCAAGAAGGACGUCCCGGCCAAGGCAGAGGAGAAACCCAAAGAGAAGGCGGCCACUGUGCCGGAGCCUCCAGCUCCGCAGGCCAAAGAGGCCACCAAGCCAAGCCCCAAAGCUGCUGAAGAGGGAAAGGCUGAGGAGGCUCCAGCAAAACCUCAGCAGGAGGUCAGCAAAGCGGCCACCAAGGAGGCUGAGAAGCCAAAGGCUGAGGAGAAGGUGGAGGAGCCCAAGAAGAAAGUGGAAGAACCCAAGAAGAAGGUGGAGGAGGCCAAGAAGGCGGAGGAACCCAAGAAAGAAAAGGCGGAGGAGCCCAAGAAGGAGAAGGUAGAGGAGCCUAAGAAGGUGGAGGAACCCAAGAAGGAGAAAGCAGAGGAACCCAAGAAGGUGGAAGAACCCAAAGCUAAAGCAAAACCCAAAGAUGAGCCCAAAGCCAGUAAGGACCCCCCCAAAGUGGAGGCUCCCUCCAGCAAGGAGGGCACAGCCCCAGAGCCGGCGCCGGGGAAGAAGUGACAGGAGAGUCCCGGGCGCCAAAGGCACCUCUGGGCAUGGGAGCUGCUCCGCUCCCUCCGACGGCUGGGCCCGGGGUGGGACCCCAGGGACCCCCAGAGCCCCCAGGCCAGGCUUUCCCUUAGCAAUAGGCCCGUGAGAGCCCCUCGGGUGGGCGAUUGCUUCCCUCGCAGAACGUGAUAUUCGCCGAGCGCCACAUUUAAACACUUGAAUUAUAACCCAGGAGAAGAGGGGGGGACCCCUGGGGGAACCCCACCGCCCUUCUCCUCUAAGUGCAUUUAUUUAAUGUAUGUGCAAUGGAUGGAUGAGUGCAAUGCAGAGCUGUAGCUGCUUGGGGGGGGGGCUGGGGGGUCCUGCCCUGCCCUGGGGGGUGACAGUCCCUCCAGGCAGAGGUGGGAGAGGCUGGGAGCUGCUGGAAUGCUCACGGACACACCCGAUGCACCAGGAACCUCAGCCCACUGAUACUUGCUUUCUGUGCAAUAACCAAAUAAAAGUGCUUACGGAGACA